ACUCGGCACAAAAAUCUCUCUGUGUUCGUCUUCUUUUUCCACUGUAUCGCCGAUACAAAUCCUCUGGCUCGCCCACCUCCCAUGCUCUUUUCUACUUUUGUUCCAUUACAAUCCUCUGGCUUAGACUAACUAUUGGGUUUACAAUUUUCAAUUUUAAUCAAGAUGAAUCUGGCGUGGAGUUGUGUCUUACUUCUGUCCUCAACUCUUUUCUACAGCGUUGUUUUCGCCAAUCAGAUCUUCCCUGCUCAUACAGGAGGGACACUGGGUCGAAGCUCUAAAGAACCAAAGUACAGAAUUGAAUUUUAUCCAGAAGACUCACCUUAUCACCCAGAUGAUGAUCAGGAAGCUGUUAUCAUGCCAAAUAAAAAAGGAGAGAAAUUUCUCUGUUUUCUACCCAAGGUGCAUAACUCAAAAAGCAGUAAACUAGUGACUCAGCAGAAUACAAGCAGCUUGAUCUUGGAGACUGAGAAACACAUUAAACCAAAGACACCUGAUGAGCUGCUUGAAGUGCUUAAGGAUUUAUGCCUUAUCAGGCAAGAGGGAUGGUGGUCGUAUGAAUUUUGUUACCAGAAAAAGCUGCGGCAAAUUCAUUUGGAGGAUGAGAAGGUGGUUCAAGAAUUUGUAUUGGGGUACUAUGACAGUGAAGCUACUACUGCUUACAAUGGGAACCAGUCCGAUAUAUCUACAUUAAAAGAUCCUCGCUCAAAAGAUGCUUCACAAAGAUAUCAUGCUCAUUUGUAUACAAAUGGAACUAUCUGUGAUUUAACAAAUCAGCCACGAGAAACUGAGGUGAGGUUUGUUUGCUCAGAGCCGAGGGCUAUGAUAAGUUCCAUCACUGAGUUAUCCACCUGCAAAUAUGCUCUCACUGUUCAUUGUCCAACACUCUGCAAGCACCCCCUCUUUCAGGAAGAAAGACCAGUGAGUCACACCAUCAACUGCAAUGUGCUUCCUAAAGAUUACAAAGAAAUGAAUUUGCGGCAAGAAAACAUUAGAGAAGAAAGGAUUAGGAUGGUGACAGAUCUCGAGUAUCCCCCUACAUUUGAUAUAGAAGAGUAUGCAACAUGAGAAGUUUCUUCGGUUCAUGGUUUGUUGUUCCUUCACUACUCUCAUAGUCCUAGUGUUCUUCAAAUUCUCUCAUUUUGUUCUAUUUUUAUUUUUUAUUUUCCUCAUGCCAUUUUCCUUACUCUCAUGACUCUUGUAUUUAGAUAACAUGUAAAGUGAGCAGUAUAAAAUGCAACCAUAUUUACUAAUCUAAUCUACCUGUCAUUAAUGGAUGGAUGUCAAGAUGGAACUCAUUAUGUUCUAUAUCAUUGUAGUCUUUCGGUCAAACCAUUCCCUGCCCUUAUGCAAUUAGUUUACUUCACGCAUGCACUUCUUGUGUCGUCC